CAAUGAUAUCUCUCACCAGAAAAAAAUACAAAACAAUUCACUAGGAAGUGAUUAGAGUAUUCCAAUUAAAAAUAGUCAAUUAGGAAGAUACGACGCCGUUUACAGGUAUUGUAUCUUUCCUCCUCGGUGACGAGGGAGCGCACAUGCUUAAAUAGCUUUUUCAAAAGUUUGAAAUAAUAAAGAAAAAACAGAACCUGGUCAAUAAUAAAAGGAAGCCAAGAAGGGGAGAGACAAACGAAGAGGAGAAACCAAACACGAGAUCCAAUAUUUUUUCACGGCGGACAUGCAAUCAUCUUCGGAGAUUCACCAUCAUGAAAGAUGCCGUCCAGUGUUUCCAACGGAGAAUAUUGGCCCAGCGGAUUCCGACAAAGGAAAGGUUCGCCGUAGAGUGUUGAGGAAGUCAUCGGCGCCUCAAAUUUGCAGGCAGCAGUCGUUCGGUCGAGACAUAGGCCAUGCAGCGGCGGAAACGUAUUUGAUAACUCGUCUUAGCUUCGACCUUCUUGGUUAUCUCGGGGUAGGUUAUCGGUGGAUCACAAGAUUACUUGCUCUUGCUUGUUAUGCAAUCCUCCUUAUGCCUGGUUUUCUUCAAGUUGCAUAUCAUUAUUUUUUCUCACCCCAAGUUAGGAGGAGUAUUGUAUAUGGUGAUCAACCUAGGAAUAGGCUGGAUUUGUACAUACCACCACCAACAAGUGCCGGCCUUAAGCCUGUUGUAGUUUUCGUGACUGGUGGAGCUUGGAUUAUCGGGUACAAAGCUUGGGGCUCUCUCUUGGGACUGCAGCUAGCAGAAAGGGAUAUCAUUGUUGCAUGUCUAGAUUACAGAAACUUUCCUCAAGGAACAAUUAGUGACAUGGUAAGAGAUGUUUCUCAAGGAAUAUCAUUUGUAUGCAAUAACAUCUCUGCAUUUGGAGGCGAUCCUAAUAGAAUAUAUUUGAUGGGGCAAUCAGCUGGUGCACAUAUCUCAUCUUGUGCUCUCAUUGAACAAGCCAUUAAAGAAUCAAGAGGAGAAAGAAUCUCAUGGAGUGCUUCUCAGAUUAAAGCUUACUUCGGUUUAUCUGGCGGGUACAAUCUCUUCAAUAUGGUCGAACACUUCCAUAACAGAGGCCUGUAUCGUUCUAUUUUCCUUAGCAUAAUGGAGGGAGAAGAGUCAUUUGCACAAUACUCUCCUGGAAUCAGAUUGAAAGAGCCGAGAGUAAGAAAAGCUGCAUCUCUCUUGACUCAUAUUGUGCUCUUUCAUGGAUCUGAAGAUUACUCCAUCCCAUGUGAAGCAAGCAAAACUUUUGCAAAAGCUCUUCAAGGUGUUGAAGUUAAAACAGACCUAAUUAUCUACAAUGGUAAAACUCACACAGAUCUAUUUCUUCAGGAUCCUUUGAGAGGAGGUAAAGACGAGCUGUUUGAUCAUAUAGUCUCCAUGAUACACGCCAAUGACAGUGACGGUUUGAGUAAAGAUGCGGUUGCACCACCGAGAAGACGGCUUGUGCCUGAGAUUUUGCUUAAACUGGCUGGUAAGGUCAGCCCUUUCUGAACAUGAAGACUAAUGUUCGAUAUGUUUGUUGUAACUUCUUGUUCUGUUUUGCCUUCUUCUUCUUCAAUUUGUUUAUUUAUUUUACUAAAAGUAUAUGUAAAAAAACUUGCACAUGUAAAUAUGAUUUGAAUUAUAGCCUCUCUUUUUCUAA